CUUCCCUCCAACGCAAAACACCGUGACAUUCCUACCAUUACUACUACCAAUCCACCACUUUGAACAAGUCCCGCCUAAACGCCAUAAUGUCGACCCACCUAUGCGCGGUUUGCAACCGCUUUGUACCCCACUGGCAACCGAAAGGGUUCAAAUGGGGGACUCCACAUCACUCGAGUCUACACAACCUCCUUCGAGCGGCAGACGAGGGAUGCUAUAUAUGCCAGUCAAUCACAAAAAGUUGUCAUUGGAGGGAUAUAUCCUACCUGACCGUCCAAGGCUUUCCCUUUGACUUUACAGUGUCUUUAGGGACUAACUAUAACGGCUCUCACUUGACUCUUACAGUUGAAGCCACCUGUCUCACGGAUGACUCGCCUAAACUCAGGCAAGCUAUUGAAGCUCUUGACGAGAUUAGGGAGAAGUGGCUACCAAAACUAGGGAGCAUGUUGAUGUUGGGAUCAAUCUCCUUUUCUUUCCAUUUUCAUCUCCGGCCUAUCGGAAAUGAUCGACACCAUCUUCUGUACAGCGUGAACCAGACAUGAUGGGUUUACUGAAGUAUUGGUUCAAAGAAUGUUACAACAACCACCCCUACUGCCGCCCUUCAAGUCCCUCGUUUAGUCCAACAAGGCUCUUGCUCAUAGAGAAUGAGUACUCUGCCAGGAUAGUGGAAACAAAAGAUUGCAAUGCUCACUACCCAUAUGUUGCUCUGUCGCACUGCUGGGGAACUGUAAGCCGACUCAAACUCCAGAAGAGCAACAUGGCGGACCUGCUCAAGCAUAUCAGGAUCACAGAGUUGCCAACGACCUACAGAGAAGGCAUCUCUGUCACUUUGGCCCUUGGUUUCUCUUACAUAUGGAUCGAUUCGCUGUGCAUCAUCCAAGACGACGAAAAGGAUUGGGCUGAGGAGGCGGCCAUGAUGAAGGACGUCUUCGAGCAUUGCUUUAUCAACUUGAGUGCCACCGCGGCGCCCGAUAGCUUACAAAGCAAUUUCACACACAGAGAUGCCACAAGUAUCCUGCUCCUUGAAGGAGGCGAACUUAGCUCGGCGCCGCAUCGACCUCGCUCGAUCCCAGAUGUGGUGGCAUUGCCAACAACACUGGGCUUGCGAGACGCAUCCUUCGGGCGUAUGGAGUCCAGAGGACUAUGA